AAAUCGCUAAGGCCGCCCCUGUUUGUAGUACCAGUAGGAAAUAGUGAGUGCAUCGUUGUAUAAGGAACGUGCAGUGCGCAGGAGCCGUGAAGAGGAAAAUCGAGAGAAAGAACGAAACAGCUGCUGUUGGAUUCUUAAUACUUGCGUCCAUAAGAACAUCACAAGAACAAUUCCACCAGAAGAGGAAAAGGGGCCGCAGGAAAUACAGCUUGCAGGCAUCAUCGGUAAGGGGAACCACAUAAGUAUGAGCGGACAGUAAAUUGUUCCCCGAAUCCAUAAUUUUCCAUCAUAUUCCACUGUCAUAGGACUGAAUGCAUAUUCUAUGUGCGCCCGCAGUAGCACAAAGUGGAGGUUUGGGAACCAAAUUGUGUCCAACACCAACGCUGAAAUCGGAUGUACAGUACGUAUUGUGCCGUUUCAUAUUGACCACGGCUUCUAAUCACAUUUACCAACGAUUCAUGUAUUACUUACCGGAUCCUGAUUGCUUGAUGGGGCGUCGAAACAUUUUCAACUUUUAACCCAAGGUGUGGACUUCACGGAGGAGGAAAGUGUUGAGCCAACCUGCAUUGGUCUAACCUGGGAGGGCGAUAAGUAAUCAGCAGCGACUCACCAAAGAAUAAUCUGUUCAAAACCUGAACUGCAACGGACGCGUUUGGAUAGCAGAUGAUCCUGUGCGUAAUUGUUUUAUAGCGGACUCCUUUUCGGAUGAAGAGCUCUUUGUUGUGAUUGAAGUGACAUUAGCCAUCUCUCAUUUUCAUGGCUUUGGAGUGCAGUAGUAGAAACAGUAUGUGGAGUGAGGGGACAGUGCAUGAUUAGUUCGUUACAGAACGUACUUUCCUCGCCUUAUUUCCAAUUCCAAGAUAUUGGACACAACAUAAGGACAAUUGCUGGAACUACAACGAAGUCCUGUACAGAAAUAGACUUUACAUUAAACCCUUCAGAUUAUUUCUCUCGCUGCUGUCAUCGUAGUAUGUCUGCACUCCGAAAGAAAUUUGGGGACGAUUAUCAGGUAGUGACCACCUCAUCCAGCGGGUCUGGAUUCAACCAGCCAGCACCAGAGAAGAAGAAGAAGAGGCAACGCUUUGUGGACAAGAACGGGCGAUGUAACGUCCAGCAUGGAAACCUGGGUGGUGAAACCAGUAGAUAUCUUUCCGAUUUAUUCACCACAUUGGUCGAUUUGAAAUGGCGCUGGAAUUUAUUCAUCUUCAUCCUUACAUACACGGUGGCAUGGCUCUUCAUGGCCUUCAUGUGGUGGAUCAUAGCCUACAUAAGAGGAGACCUCCAUCGAGCCCACGAUGACAAGUAUACGCCAUGCGUUGCCAAUGUCUACAACUUUCCCUCCGCGUUUUUAUUCUUCAUAGAAACGGAAGCCACAAUAGGAUAUGGCUAUAGGUAUAUCACGGACAAAUGUCCCGAGGGGAUCAUUCUCUUUCUUUUCCAGUCAAUCCUGGGAUCAAUCGUUGAUGCUUUUUUGAUUGGUUGCAUGUUCAUUAAGAUGUCCCAGCCCAAAAAAAGGGCAGAGACUUUGAUGUUCAGUGAACAUGCAGCUAUUUCGAUGCGAGAUGGAAAACUAACUCUCAUGUUCAGAGUCGGCAACCUGCGUAAUAGCCAUAUGGUCUCCGCACAGAUCCGCUGCAAAUUGCUGAAAUCUCGUCAGACGCCCGAAGGCGAGUUUCUUCCGCUGGAUCAGUUGGAAUUGGACGUGGGCUUCAGUACCGGGGCGGACCAGCUCUUCCUCGUCUCACCACUCACAAUCUGCCAUGUGAUUGACACCAAAAGCCCAUUCUACGAACUCUCCCAGAGAUCCAUGCAAACAGAACAGUUUGAAAUUGUGGUCAUAUUGGAAGGAAUAGUGGAAACCACUGGGAUGACUUGCCAAGCGAGGACCUCUUACACUGAGGACGAGGUUCUAUGGGGACAUCGUUUCUUCCCAGUCAUCUCCCUGGAGGAGGGGUUCUUCAAGGUGGACUACUCCCAGUUCCACGCCACGUUUGAGGUCAACACUCCCCCGUACAGCGUGAAGGAGCAGGAGGAAAACCUACUCAUGUCCUCUCCACUCAUGGCCCCGUCCCUGUGCAACAGCGGCGAGGGAGGGAAGAACAGCUCCAUGGACUGCCUGGAGAACCUGGAGGACAAGGAGAGCACCACCAACAAGCUGCCAUCCAAGCUGCAGAAGAUGCAAGGGGGCGGCUGUGGCCGGGACGGGCUGCCCAUGCCUAGGAAGCUGCUGAGGAUGAGCUCCACCACUUCGGAGAUGAUCUACCCCGGGAGCAUGGGGGAGCUGCCCAUGAAGCUGCAGCGCAUCAGCUCCGUCCCCGGCGUCUCCGAUGAGAAGCAGAUGAACAAGAUGGUCUCCAAGAUCAGCUCCGAUCCCAUCAGCCAAUCCGUGGCAGACUUGCCCCCCAAGCUGCUAAGGAUGCAGGGGGGAGGGGGGGUAGGGGGCCGAAUGGACGGACACCUGCCCCCGAAACUCAGAAAGAUGAAUUCCGACCGCUUCACGUAGAAUGGGCAACCCGUUUUAACUUAUUACACCCCUACCUUUAUUCCAACCCUUGUAUUAUUUCAAAUGUAUUAAAAGACACGAUUCUUAUACUCAAGAAAAUGUAGUGUAUACAUUCGUACAGAUAUACCUUAUAUAAAGGGGGGUGACGGAAUACAGAACAUUUGUUCCUGGAUGGAAGCAUACGUGCUAUGAUGAAAGACCUCUGAUUUUUUUCAGGACAAUGUAUGAUUAGCACAAUCUGGCAUGUACAACACACUAACCGCAUGCAAAACAGAUUCGCUCUCAUUUCUGGCAUGACAUUUAUUGCUCUAUUAUUUUACGGAGAUGAUUUGAACAGUGACAUUACUUACAAUGGGUCCGAACAUUUGCACAAAGCCAUACGGUUUACAAAAUGGGAAAACCUACAUUACAUUGGUCUAAUUUACGGUGGAGAAGGCUAGAUACAUUUGAUUUGAGUUGGCUGCUUUUGUUGUUGAAUGUACAAUUGUGUGGCGACGUUCUGUUAAAUGCAUGCUACUAUUAUUGUCUUCGCUAGACAAAGGUAAUAGACUCAGAUGUUCAGCCUUUACUAUAAGACCUUGUUUCCAUUUCCACGUUUGUUCACGGCGGUAUUCUUGGUAUUUCAUGUAUAGGAGGAUAUCUUACCAUGUGAGAUUUUACACAUUUUCUUAGUUCAGCAAGCGUACUGUAUGUUGCUGGACGAUGCAAUCUAUAUUUGCAAAUGCAUGGUCGACAUCAUGUGACAGAUUGGAACUGGGCACAAUCUUAUUAAGCAACGUGAACUUACUUUUCAAGGUAACACUGACGUUGAAAGGGCCAAUACUACCGCUUUAUAAGCACAACGUAACCAUUACACAACACACAGUACACUAUUUAGGGCACUAUUCAUGGCAGUAAGCAUUUAUGGCAUUUUGACAAAUGUCCUGAGCAGUACUGUACAAUGCCUCUUUUACAUGGAAGUAAAACAACUGAACACAUGGUCAUGUAUGCCUUCUCGAACAGUCGUUUUGAAGUUCACAUUAUUAUUUAUUCGACAUUUAAUUUAAAACAUGUGCACCAAAAUUUCGAGUUAACUGUCACCGCAUAGGUAUAGAUUUAGAGGUGGACCUAUAUUUAGGAAAAAGUAACCACCUUUGUCUUAAGAGUCUAUUAUGCUCCCUCUUUAACUAAAGCAAUAAUGUUAUUAUUAAUGACUAUAAUCUUUAUAUACCCACAGGGUCUGCAGCAGCCCCAUUACCAGUAUAUUUACUGAAUCAAUGCCAUGGAACCUGAUCCUACUAAAACCAUCAAUGACAUUGUAUGAUACUCAAACUCUUCAGGAAUAAAGAUCUAAGAGGCAAUUCUUGACAUGUUGAUUUAAUGGGACACGGGUAGCUUGCUUUUUGCAGACACUGUCAAAUAAAUAAAAAGGCUUGCAUAGAAGACCAACAUGUAUUAAAAAAGCCUAGUUGUUAUGGAUAUUACAUAAUAUGGUACAAUAUGUAUUGAAUGUACUAUAUGAAUAAGUAUGAUUGGGCUUUAUAGAGUUACCUAAAAUACUUUCAAUGCAGUAUCAUAUCAAGCUUACUGUUAGUUAAGUCUAUUCUCCUCUAUCCAGAGAUAAGCCUUUGUUCAGAAUCUUAAUAAGCUAUUUAUAAUAUAUGAGAUAGAUAUGAAUAUGAGAGCUCCUGAUGCCAUUAUCCUCAGUGGUUCUGGAGUAGAGUCUAAAUCCUCAUUAUGCACCUUAAAUCAGCACUUACCGCUACUGAGCCAAUUUCACUUUAUCACCAAGGAGAUCUUUGCAGCCGGUGCCAUUUGCCUUUAUCAUCUGCCCAGAGAACGGCGGUGUCGCUGAGAUCUCUAUCCAUUAAAGGUUUCAGAACUGCAACCCCACAGAAAAACUGCACCCACACUGCAUUCAUGGACUUAUGUGUACUUUGAAGACGUCGAAUCUUUGUCAUAUGUUCUAUAUCCCCCAUAAUUCAUGGAACAAGACAAGGAAUAACAGAAACUCUGACUUGCGAUGCUGCUCAGACGUGUUGGUUGAAUUAGAAUUAGCAGAGCAAUUUCAUUGAAUUCAAUUCCAGGGCUCUGCUGAUGUGGCUCUCUUUGUUUCAUUGGCUGUCGAGGGUUUUAUAAAGUGUAAGGGAACUUAACCACAAUAAAAUGCAUGUUGAUAUCUGAAGAGUUAAUCACGUGAAGGAGUUAUGAAGAUGUUCAUGCUUUUUCAUACUAAUAUCCAGGAAAGUUAGGCUGCCUAUUGCAAGGGAACUGCAGUAUUUGGCAGCUGAUUAGGCAAAUACAUUCAAUUUAGAGCUGGCUAGUAAUGCACUUAAAAUGACUCAAUUCUCCGUUUGUGUCCAUCAGCGGUUCCAUAGAAUCCAAACGGUUGUACAAUAAAGACCCUCUCUCCAUCGA